CACGUCUCAAACAAGCUAGAGCACGUCUUCGAGACACACGACAGAGAGAGAGAAGAGAAGGGACAGAAAUUACAUUAGCCAGGUAGAGAGAUCGAGCUAGCUGCGGUACAUUCAGUCUCGUGGUUACGUUCCAUGGAGAGAGUCGCAUCAAGCUGCACCGGCCUCCUGUCGCAAAGGAGGGGGUACUCCGUGGCCGCUGUGGUGGUGAAGGGAACCGGGCGGAUGGUCGUGGAGAAGGUGGCCAAGCGCGUGAUGGGCAAGGAGGCGAUGAACACGGCGGCUGCGGCCGCCCCGGCGGAGAAGGCGCCGUGGGUGCCGGACCCGUCACCGGCUACUACCGCCCGGCGGGCGCCGCCGCCAAGGAGGCGGACGCGGUGGACCUGCGCGCCAAGCUGCUUCCGCAGAGGGUCGCCAACUGACCGAGUGAUCGAUCAGUUCAAAUGCAUGGCGACUUAGCUUGCUAAGAUCUCCAUGCGCUCGCUGAUGGCCGGGCAACGAGCCAGCCAACGAGGCCUGGAGCAGGAGGGUGCUGUUGCGUCUUUGAUGAGGCAUGAUAAAUAUAGUUUGGAGACUUUGGCGAGUGCUCCACCGUAUGAGCUAUAGUACAAAAGAACGUACAUUUCCGUGACGUCGACCUAAAUUAUCUGUUCCGGCAAAGAUGAUUAUAAAUAUUGGUGUGUUUGGAAUUUGGCUGCUGUAUGUAUUUUUCAUUUCAUCAAACUUGAUAUUCAAACUCUGGAUUUUGUUCUUUAUCAAA